AAAAAGCUGAUUUUAUUUCAAUUUUUGUAUACUUUUCAUCCAAUCUAAUUAAAUGUCAACUUUAAUUAAACCAAAAUGAGAAUAACUAAUUUUUCCGUUUUAAUGGCUUACAAAUCAAGCCAAAUUUUCGUCUUCCAGCUAUAUCAAAGCUAAUUUAUAUUGGAUGAUGUAGACGCUAUAGAUAUCCACCAGAUUGACCAGCAAUGGUUACCAAGUCUUUCAAUUUGGAUAAACAGAUGUAACUAUUUCAAGAAAACCAACUAGCCACAUCUUUGGUGCCUUUACUUUCAAGCAAAGUCAAUUUACUCAUUAUCCAAAAGUCUUUCAAAAAUAUUACUCAAUUAAUCGACAAAUCCAAGUCUUCCAAGUUGAUUGAAAAUUAUCUCAUUGGUAGUCACCAUUUAAGGCUAUCAUUCCAUAUAAAUAUUAGCAAAUCGCAAUAAUAUCAUUAGAAUAGAAUUGAUUUUCUAAGCCAUUUAAACCAGUCUUUCAAUUAGAUCAAAAUAUUAUAAUAAGUCUUUCAAUCAAUUCGAUAAUCACAAAUUUCAUAAACCAUGUGUUCUCAAGCUUGCCUCCAAGAGAUGGAGAAGUUUUGGAAAGAUUCAAUUCGAUCCUUGCUGGUGGCUGCAUUAUCAUCUCAACAUCAUGGUAAAUGUCCAGUAUCCGAAGUCUCGGACGAACCAAAUCAAGCCACUUCGAGCUCUACAAUAGCAUCACCUUCAUCAUCAACACCCUCUUCCAGUCUUUCAACCAACACAUCUGUGAAUAUAACUCCUGGUGGAUCGAAACACGAAUCAUCAACAUUCUCAUUAUCACCAUUGUCAACCACAUCCCAAAUUGCCAUGAACAACUCAACUUCUUUAACUCCAAUGGUAGAGAUGACAGCCUCUCUUUUGAGUGAUAUUAUCUCUAAUCUGUCAGUUUUAAAGUCAAAUCAAUCGAGUCAACAACAAAAUCAAGCACAAUCCAAUACAAAAGGAAAGGUUAAACGGAAGCGAAGGCGCAAAAGAUAUACUCUUGCUCAAAAACAGCGAUUCCUUCAGCAAAGCGUUUGGAGCUCAACAGAAAACAAUGAUGGUCAAUUGAGAGUUCAAAGUGUUCUCAGUUUUCAAGAAACACAUAAAAUGUCAAUGUUAAACCAAGAAGAAAAUCUUAAAUUAAGGAACAAUUCGAUCAACAAACCGUUAACUCCUAGAAUUGGCUAUCUUAGUAUUGAUGGCGAGUUAAAGGACGAUUCGGAUGUUGGACAAAUGACUGAUCCAUUGUGUAAAAAUUCAUUGCCAUCAACCACUCAUGGAUCUAAAAUGCAAUCAACUGAGCCAUGGUCUAGUAUCAGUGUUAAUGAUGCCGAUAUUCACAAUGAUGAUGGUAAUGGAAGUUUUGACAAAUCAAGUGCAAAAUUAGAGGAGAAAAGCCUUCGGAUGGAACAAAUAGGAUCCAUCAAGAGACGACUAUCUUCCGAUGAAUAUUUGGAUGGCAAUAAUCCUGAUCAUUUUGUUAGGAAUAAUUAUAACAGCGAUAAGGACGAAUCAAGUCAACUGAAUAAGGAGAAGAAAAGAAAUGAAAAAUUAUGUGCUAAUCACGAUAAAUCUAGUCCAUUAGAAACUACUAAACUUGAAUCUCAUGUAAAGCAUUCAAAUAUAUUAGCUUCAUUUGCGCCAUCAAAAUCUUUGUCUUCCUCAUCAUUGAGUCCUAAAAAUGGCUAUUUGAGCGAAGGUUCAGAUAAGGAGCUGAUAAGGGAUGAUUCAAGGAAAACUGACAAUAAAUUAAAGCAAACAAAAAAUCAUGGGCUUUCGAGAUGGGAUGAUUCAUCUUCAAAGGAUUCAAAUAAACAUUCUUAUCUUGUAAGCGGCUCAAAAAAUGUCAAUACUAAAGACAAGGUUGAUGUAAUUCAAUCUUCAAAUGGAAUUGCAAAAAGACUCAUCCAAGAAAAAUCAAUCAGUAUUAAUCUCCAAUCCAUUGAUUCUAAGAGAUUCAGCUCUUCUGAAAACGAUCACAUUUCCAGAGAUACUGGACUACAAAGAAAUGACAAUAAAUCUUGUGACCAAUCUGAGAGAAGAAAGCGUAGCCACUCUAAAGCCUCCAAAAGUGCAAUAUCUCCCAAUCGAAGCUACAAAAGUAGAAGAGACGAAGUACGAAAUUGCGGCAAAGACAGAAAAAUUUCCGCUGGUAGAAGUGAAGAUAGAAAACAAGACUCAAGUCGAAGUCAAAGCAGGAGUAGAAGCAGGAGCAAGAGUAGCAGUCGAAGUCGCAGUCGAAGUCGAAAUCGAAGUCAACACCGAGAAAGAAGUCGAGAAAGAAGAAGAACUGAAAGAAAGCAUCGCCAUGGUCCAAGCUCUUCCGGGUAUCGUGGCAAUAAAGAUAAAACAAAGGAUAAAAUAUCAAGCCGUAGUAGAAGUAAAAGCCAAACCAAGCGAAGUAGCUCUCGCAAUAAAAGAGAUAAAUCAUCAAAUGGUCGAUCUCACCAUCGAUCUCGCAAACAUUCCAGUCACAGACGCCGAGGUCACUCAAGUCACAGCUCUUCAGCAUAUUCCACAUCUUCAAGAUCAUCAUCUGCGUCUUCUUUUUCUAGAUCUUCAUCCUCAUCAGAUUCUUCACGUUUCUCAAGCUUAAUCUCUCGAAGCUCUCGUGGUUCUAAAUCACGAUCAAAAUCUCGAAGCCCUUCAAUUCGACGACGAGGUGGUUCACCCAAUUUUCUUGAAAGACGUCGUAUAACAAGCUUUAGAGUAUUUUAAGUUACAAUUUUUUUGUUUUCUUUUCUCAUUUGCGCUCGUAAACGACCGACUCCUUACCAUAGGGAUUCGCCAUCCCCUGAUAGCUCAUCAUCCGAGUCGCCAAUAACCAAAUGCAAACGGACGCUUUCCCAAAGAUCUUGCUCUUCAUCUUCAUCAACAUCUUCACCAUGCUAUUAUUACCUGCGUAAAUCUCGAUCACCUUCUCUUUAGUCUCUCCAGGACGAUAAUUCAUUUUGGAAUUUCAUUUUGUUUUAUUUCUAGUCUUUAAGUUAUUAGAUUGAUACGUUAUUAUUUUAAUUUACUUUGCUAAUCAAACCGAGACACUUUAUUUGCUCAUUCAUUUCUAAGUCAUGUUUUCUCGAAGUCUUAUCAUUUUUUGUUUUACCCGUUUUUGUGGGACGAGAAUUUAACAAUACUAAUGUAAUCUUGAAUUAAAAGCAAACUCAAUAAUAAGCAAUCAUUAUUUAUUCAAGCAGCU